AUGCUUGAAGGCUUGCUUUUGGAAAAGGGUGUGGUACCCCCUCCGGCGACUCAUCCUCCCAAAACAAGGCAUGAUCAAGACGCCGUAGCCACUACGGCGGGCAAUACUGACCCAUCUCCGCAAUCUGACUCAAAGUCCCCAGGGAGUGAGGACCACUCUCCACCGGACUAUCAGAACGACGAUUUCACGACACGUGAGAGUGAACUUGCGAUGACAAAUUCUCGUGAUAACCAGCAAGCGUACUCUCGCUCGAACGAAGAUUCGCCAUUUCGGAUUCUGGAUCCCAAGCAAGAGGAUAUAAUCCACCGACUUUUAUCGACCAAGGGCAACCUCUCAUUCGACCAAAUCUCUGGAAGGCUGCGAUUCUUUGGCCCCACAGCGAACAGCCAUGUUUAUGCUGAGUCAACAAGUCUAUCAUAUGCCCGUGAACCGCCGGAACAAAUCCGAAGAGCAGAGAGGAUGAUUCAAUCUCUGAGCCCGGAGACACAUGACUAUCUCGUGGAGGGUUUCUUUCACUACUAUAAUUCUGUCAUUCAAAUCAUUGAUCGAGAUGCUUUCGAAGCUGACCGAAUCUCGAAGUCGUCAAAGUUUUACUCUCAUUUUCUUCAUAUCACAGUCUUGGCCAUGGGCUAUCGUGUGGCCGAUAUGGACCGAGAUGAUAUGCGCAGGAUUACACUGAGCCCAAGAGAAAGUUCCCUUCAUAGGGAAGCCAAGCACAUGCUUGACAUCGAGCUCGAGCGUCCUGGUGGUAUCCCUAGUGUUCAGGCGUUAUUGUUGCUUGGAGAUCUUGAAUGUGGUGUCGGUAGAGAUAAUACCGGCUGGAUGUACUCUGGAAUGGCAAAUCGCCUUGCUUUUGAUAUUGGCCUCCACUUAGAUUGCACCAGCAGCAUGUCCGAACAAGACACAAAAAUUCGAAACAUGGUCAUGCAGGCAUGUGUGAUCUAUGACAGAUAUUGGGGGUUGUUUCUGGGCAGGCCAUUGGCAAUCAAAAGCCAAGAUGUUGACCUUUUGUCAAAUCGGUUUUCCCAGCUUGCUUCUUUCGGACUCGAUGCUCCCAAAAUGGAUUUGACAACUGAAAUUUACGAGCAGCUCAUUGAGUUGAUGGAAUUGGCCGGACGAAUCGUUGAAAUACGUGAUCUGAGCAACUCCAGUAAAGUGACGGAACAGACCGGGGCAUUUGCGACUAAUGAAGCCGAGGAAAACAGAUAUCUACAGGUCAUUAAUCUCGACAGGCAACUUCAAAAUUGGUAUAGGCGAUUGCCUGACCGCAUGGCAUGGAAGCCAAGUAAUGUCAAGACAGCUCCUUACAGUUUCUUCCUCUUACAUCAGCAAUAUCAUGUCACUAUGAUUUUACUGCAUCGACCAUGGGCCAAAUAUGGCUCAAUUUCUGGCGACAGUUCGAGCACGGGAUCGCAUCCAAGUCCCGAAAGCGACAGAAAGGCAAAUUCAGAAAGCCCCAGGCACCAUUUCACUGCUGAGGGCUCGUCCAUGUCUACCGAUGACCGUCAACGUGUGGUCCACGGGAGCCGCACAUCGCUGGCCCGCAGUAUAUGUACUCAGCAGGCGAUUCGUGUAGCCCGAAUAUUCUGGCAGCAUCGUCAAAGAUUCGACGGACGAAAGAUUUUUAUUACGGGAAUGCAGCAUGCUGGUACUGCAUCAAUAGCAUUGAUUGCUGCACUUGCCUACCAGCGCAACGAGCCAAAUCGCCAGACAUAUAUCGGCUAUCUUGAAAUUCUAUCUGACGCUGUUGGCGACAUGAGCGCUACAUACCAUCCAGCCAGCAGGAUGGAUGAUUUGCUCAAGGCUGUUCUUGAGCAGAUUCGUAGCAGCAUGACUGACGUUUCACGGUCGCGCAGCGGCAGCGCAGGGCAGCAGGCCGUUAGUAUUGGUGCCAGUAGUGCGAGGAGCGGCGUCUCUUAUGAUGGCAAUACAUCCGUUCCUGUUGUUCCUGUCAGGCGAGAAGCCGAUACUGACUUCAAUCAACCCCUCAAGAAAAGGCGUCCUUCUGUUCACCGACAAACCUCUGACUAUGCCUCAUCAAAACCGUCAUAUAUCGGUAUAACAUCACAACCGGGACCACCUCUAUCUCUGACGUAUGGCCAACAAAGCCAAUCACCGCUUGAUCCCAACUUUCUUCCCAUAAGUUUGCACAGCCAGCCGGAACAACUUGGCCUGACGAUGGUGGGAGCUAACGCGGUCAAUAUGCAUCCUGAACUUGCUACAGACCACAUGGUCGACACACUCAAUGCUACGAACCUCGGUAACCCAUUACAUGACAAUUGGGGCCUGCCUAACAUGCAGCCCUCUUUUCCGCAAGGUCAAUUUCAUGGUGCCAUAGACUGGUCUGCCGGAACUGCUGGUCUCAGUGCCAGUUCGGUACUGAAUCAGAGUGCCGCCAUGUCGACUGGAAUCAUGUCAGGAGUGGCUGCUUUCAGCUCAGCGAAGGAGCCCCCAAAAUUCGGGGGUGGUGAGGGUAGUAUGCAUGAGUCUUCAUCCAGUAAGCUCCCUCAUAUCGGUACCAACUGGACAAGUACCAACGUCGGGCCCGUAGGUUCAGGCAGGAUGCAGGAAUAUGGUCCAAAUCUGGGCAAGGCAACACGUCUGAAUGACGGGAACAACGAUGAGCAGAGAAACUACUCUCUUGACUUUUUUAAUUUUGGUUAG